AUGGGGCUUAAAGUUCUUAAUAGAACUCAUUACUCUGAUAUCUCAGGGCGUACUUGUGAGGCAGAGAGGCUGCUAGUGGAGGCUCAGGGGCAGGUCUUGGAUGAUCCUAGUACUGUCAAUGUAGCUCUUGAAAGGGAGUUGGCGAUCAAAUGUGCAGAGUUGCAAGCUGAUGAAGAAUCCUUCCAUAGACAGAAGUCGAGGGCGUCCAGGAUAAAUGAAGGAGAUGGCAACUCAGGUUUUUUCCAUAAGUAUGUUAAAGCUCGCAACAAGAGGCUUACUAUUGAUCAUCUUAUUGAUGACACGGGGCAGGUGAUCUUAGAUGUAAGCCAGAUGGGACAGAUGUCUGUUGAUUUCUAUAGGAAGCUGCUUGGGGUGCCUAAUCCUGAGGUGGCUGAUUUACCAGUCAGUUAUUUUGAGAGUCUGCUUAGGACUAAGCUUUCACAGGAAGAUGUGGUGCAUCUGUCUAAGCCGGUAUCAAGGGAGGAGGUACGUGCUGUUUUCUUCUCUAUGGCAGCAAACCUCCUGGGCCUGACGGUUACCCUGAUGACUUUUAUAAAGCUGACUGGGAGAUAA